CCUGCAGCUCAGAUCAGUGGAAGCGCUGAGUUGAACGGUGGUGCCACUGGGAUCCGCUAGCCGUGAAUUGUACAUAAGGACAUUGUGUAUAAAACUCGGAAAAGUCUCAGCUAUACUGGAGCAGAACGGAGAAAACACAAGGGGUGCCGAGUCACCCGACGCGAACCAGGAAAACCGUGCGACGUGUUGGUGGACCCCGUGGGCUGCGAUGGGUUGCUUUGGGUCGCCCACCUCGAAGCAGUCGUCGUCGGAUGUGAACUCCUCGGAGGACUCGAAGAGCCAAAAGCGCCGGAGCGAUGCAAUAUCUAGACAGUUGCAGAAGGACAAACAGCUCUACAGGGCCACGCACAGGCUGCUCCUCCUUGGAGCCGGUGAGUCCGGCAAAUCAACUAUAGUCAAGCAGAUGCGAAUAUUGCAUGUCGAUGGAUUUUCUGAAACAGAGAAGAAACAGAAAAUUGAUGAUAUUAAAAAGAAUAUUCGAGACGCUAUCUUGACUAUUACAGGAGCCAUGAGCACACUUAAUCCACCUGUAGCUUUAGAAAAGAAAGAAAAUGAACCCAGAGUGGAGUACAUUCAGGAUUAUGCAUCUAGUCCGGACUUUAAUUAUCCUCCUGAAUUUUAUGAACAUACAGAAGAACUAUGGAAAGACAAGGGUGUUCUUCAAACCUAUGAAAGGUCGAAUGAGUAUCAAUUAAUCGAUUGUGCGAAAUACUUCCUGGACCGAGUUAGCACAAUCAAGAAUCCAAACUAUACCCCUAAUGAGCAGGAUAUUCUUCGGUGCCGUGUUUUGACUUCUGGAAUAUUUGAAACAAGAUUUCAAGUUGACAAAGUAAACUUUCACAUGUUUGAUGUCGGAGGACAGCGAGACGAGCGUAGGAAAUGGAUUCAAUGUUUUAAUGAUGUAACCGCUAUUAUAUUCGUAACUGCGUGCUCAAGUUAUAACAUGGUUUUGCGUGAAGAUCCCACCCAAAAUCGACUUCGAGAAUCUUUGGAUUUGUUCAAGAGUAUUUGGAACAACAGAUGGCUUCGCACGAUUUCUAUUAUACUAUUUUUAAAUAAGCAAGAUUUGUUAGCAGAGAAAAUUAAGGCUGGAAAAAGUAAAUUGUCGGAAUAUUUCUCCGAGUUUAACAAAUACCAAACGCCAAUCGACACAGGUGACGCAAUAAUGGAAUCCAAUGACGACCCAGAAGUAAUACGAGCAAAAUAUUUCAUACGAGACGAGUUUCUGCGUAUAUCUACCGCUAGCGGAGACGGUAAACACUAUUGCUAUCCACAUUUCACAUGCGCCGUUGACACAGAGAACAUUAAGCGAGUGUUUAAUGAUUGCAGAGACAUUAUUCAAAGGAUGCACCUUCGUCAAUAUGAAUUGUUAUAGGUUAUCCUCCCCCCAUCGCCGUAAUGCAAGUAAAUAAAAAAAUAUUAAUGACUUACUGUUUUAAAUAUAA